ACUCUCGUGAUCGGUCGGCAUCGCAUCGUAGACGCCCCUCCCUUCUCCUUUCUGACUUCACACGCUACGCCUCUACACUCCUUGCUAUCGAAGGCCUAGACUAGCCCACGUCUCAAUCUCGCUCUCAUCGUACUAGCAGCGCACCGCUUCUUCUUCUUCUUCUUCCUUUGAUUCCGCCCUCAAUCACUUCACCGCAUCACCACCAUGUCGUCCACUCGUCCUCAGAAUGUCGGCAUCAAGGCCAUGGAGAUCUACUUCCCUAAGAGGUGCAUCUCCCAAGACGCUCUUGAAGACUUCGACGGAGCGCCCAAGGGCAAGUACACGAUUGGCUUUGGCCAGAAGUACAUGGCAACCUGUGACGACCGCGAGGACAUCAACUCCUUCCUCUUGACCGUCACACAAAACCUCAUCGAGAAGUACAAUGUCGACCCCAAGUCCAUCGGACGCCUCGAUGUGGGAACCGAGACGAUCAUCGACAAGUCCAAGUCGGUCAAGACUGUCCUCAUGGAGCUCUUCAAGGCGUCGGGCAACUCAGACAUUGAGGGACUCGACUCUAAGAACGCUUGCUACGGAUCGACGGCCGCGCUCUUCAACGCUAUCAAUUGGGUCGAAAGCUCGUCGUGGGAUGGCAGGGACGCCAUUGUUACCGCGGGUGACAUUGCCAUCUACGCUGAGGGGUCUGCUAGACCCGUCGGUGGUGCUGGCGCCGUCGCCUUCCUCAUUGGCCCCGAUGCUCCCAUCGCCUUUGAGCCCAUCCACGGCACUCACAUGGCCAACAACUGGGACUUCUACAAGCCCGACCUCAACUCCGAGUACCCCACUGUCGACGGACCCGAGACGAUUCAGACGUACCUCGGUGCUCUCGACCGCGCCUAUGACGCCUACCGAGCAAAGGCCGCCAAGGCAGGCAAGCUGGCUGGCGCCAAUGGCGUCAACGGCACUGCUGCCCCUGGCGCCAAGGUUGACGACUUUGACUACACCAUCUUCCACUCUCCCUACGGAAAGCUCGUCCAGAAGGGCUUCGGUCGUCUCGUCUACAACGACUACCUCUCCGACCCUACCAACUCUGCUUAUGCUUCUAUCCCGGAGUCGUUCAAGGACCUGGACCGCCAGUCGACGAUCACGAACAAGGAAGUCGAGAAGGCCUUUGCCGCCCACACCAAGCAGAUGCAAGCCUCUAAGCUCGAGCCUACAAACGACACCGUCCGCCGUGUAGGCAACAUGUACACCGCCUCCCUGUACGGCGGUCUUGGCUCCCUCAUCUCCAACGUCUCCUCCGCAGACAUGCAGGGCAAGCGCAUCCUUUUCUACGCCUUCGGAUCAGGCUGUGCCGCCUCCGUCUUCUCGGCCAAGGUCGUCGGAGACGUCAGCCACAUCAAGGAGAAGAUGCAGCUCCAAGAGCGCCUGGCCGCCAUGGAGGUCGUGCCGUGCCAGACGUACGUGGAUGCGCUCAAGAUGAGGGAGGAGACGCACAACAAGGUUGACUUUGAGCCCAAGGGUGAUGUCAAGGAUGUGUGGGAGGGAGCCUUCUACUUGGAGAAGAUUGACAAGACCUGGAGGCGGUCCUACGGAAGGAAGGGGAGCGAGAUGAAGAUUAGCGCUCUUCCUCAGCACUAGGUGGAUGGAUGGGUGAGAAUAUGUGAAGGGGCCAAUCGAGGAAGAGGGGGAAGAACAUGGCAGAGAGAAGGAUUAGCGGGUGCGGCAUUGUAGAUCGCUGAAAAGCAGCGACUCGAAUCCUGUUGUCGUCAUCGUAUGCAUUCGCAGAAUGCAUGAGACGAAUGAGCCCCAGCCGCAGCACUGUGCAGUGUCGUGAAGAGCGAUCGGUGCAGUCUUCGUGUCGUAGAGCAGCUACGCCAUGUUACAUUACAGAGUACAAAUUGGACCCUCCUCCCGUUCAUCAGUGGUGAUUGUCCCUCCUUAUUGACCCUUUUCUCAAUCGACCUCCGCCAUCAUCGUCUCCUUGGUCCAGGUCGCUCCCCUCUCGUUAGGCGAGUCCUUCGAGGUACUCUUGGUCCUAGGCGCACUCGACAGCUUACUCUCAUCGAACAGAUGAG